GGUGUAAUCUAAGUUAGCGGCUCUGACUCUGCGGGUUUUGAUCCGAGAGCUUCGCUUUACUUCUGUAAUCCCGCCAACCGCCCAUCUCCGUCUCCAUCCCUCCCUGCAUCCCUCCAUCCAGGGGAUUUGACUGCCAUUAAGAGAUGGCUUUUUGGUGUGUGCGCUGCGUCACAAACACACAUAUACGAGGCGAAGCUGGGCGGACGAAGCGUAAAAACACAACCGCAGCCUGAGAACCAGAAGCGUCCAGGAAGCUCGCUGGGUUAUGCCGCCGGAGGUCUCCUGUGUGGACUGAUAUGGGAGGACAGGAUGGACACGUGCAUGGAUAUUUGGAUUCUGACUUUUAACACACAUGGAUGCAACUGUCUGCGAAGAUCUACAGACCUCCGUUAAUCCUGGCAUGUCCCAGAUGAGAGACUACAGUAAUGACUGUCAUCACUUUCACUGUCUCUGUGCUGUGCCUGCUGCCUCAGGCGGUUCUGGCCCGCUGGGCUUGUGUUCGGGCCUGUCCGGCCUCCUGCUCCUGCACCCAGGAGAAGAGCUGCAGCGUUCUGUGCGACCGGUCCGCCCUGGCUGAGCUGCCCAAAGAGUUUCCCUGCGAGGCCUCGGCCAUCAACCUGGACAAGAACCGGCUCAAGUUCCUGUCGGAGCGGGCCUUCGGUACGCUGCCCUCCCUCAAGUCCCUGUCUCUGGACCACAACAACAUCUCCUUCAUCACCCCCGGAGCCUUCAAGGGCCUGGCCAACCUGGUGGAGCUGAAGAUGGCGCACAACGAGUACAUCAGCUACCUCCACACACGAACCUUCACGGGGCUGAAGAAGCUGGUGCGCCUGGAUCUGUCCGACUGCAACCUCUUCAACAUCCCCGACCGCAUCUUCAUCGAGCAGACGGCGCUGAAGGAGCUGCUCUGCUUCCAGAACAACUUCAGGAGGAUCCCGGGAGCCAUCCGAGGCAUGGAGAACCUGACUCACAUCUACCUGGAGAGGAACAAGAUCGAGGCGGUGGCCUACAACUCCCUGCUGGGCCUCGGCAGCCUCAGGUACCUGAACCUGCAGGAGAACCGCAUCAAUGUGAUCCAUGACCAGGCCUUCCAGGACCUCGUUCGGUUGGAGAACUUCUACCUCAACGACAACCUGCUGUCUGAUCUGCCCCGGCUCGCCUUCAGAGGCCUCAGCCGCCUCAAGAUGCUCAACCUGGGGGGCAACCAGCUCAUCAACGUGUCCCGGACCUGGUUCAGCGACCUGGUGGAGCUGGAGGUGCUGUACCUGGACCGGAACCAGCUGCUGUACAUCGAGGAGGGCACCUUCGAGAACCUGACCAGCCUGAUCACGCUGCACCUGAACAGCAACAACCUCACCACCCUGCCCUUCCCCGUCUUCCAGCCCAUCUACUUCCUGGGCCGCCUGUACCUCUUCAGGAACCCCUGGGAGUGCGACUGCUCCCUGGAGUGGCUUAAGGAGUGGAUGGAGAGCUACAAGCUGGUCCGGGACAUCCCCUGCGCCUCGCCGUCCUCCGUGUCCGGACUCGACCUGAGCGAGGUGGUCUUCACCAAGGUGAACGGGACCUGCUUGGACCCCGGGGAGCUCAACCUGACCACGGCGUCCUCGGAGAUCGCCUCCACCACCGAGAACCGCUUCAACAGCCUCAUCUCCAAGCUGCUGCAGCAGGAGCUCCGGGAGGAGAUGGGCAACGGGACCGAGAGCCUCCGAAACGGGACCCUGCUGGAGCCCGAGGAGGGGCAGCUUUCUGCUGGAGGUCAGCGGAGCCUCUGGAGCCCUUCGCUUCUCUGGUCCACUGUGGUCGUCUUUGGCUUGUCUGGCCUGCCAGAUGUUCAUUUCUGUCUUUAUAGCACUUGAGCCAACAUGGAGAAACGAAGGUAAAAGAUGUUUUUAUUCACACAAGCAAGUGUGAAAGAAUAUUCCUCAGUGCAAGUGUGGAUACCUGUGUGAGUCUGCGCUGCCAAAUGUAGGAUUUUGGGAGUUUUUUUGCUGCUGGAAAGUGUGUUAAAGUGAAUAUUUUCAGCUGGCGUUCACAUGGGCUGCUGAUACUCAAUAAUCUGUGCUAUUUGCAGAUGAAAUACUUACAUAAGAGUUCACAAACAGCGAUGCCAAAGCUGUGCGGUUGCAGGAUUCAUUCGUUUCUACAAUUACAGUGGCGGGUGUUGAUUUCAAGUUGUGAUGAAAAUGUAAAUGUUGCAUAAUGCUCCACUUUAAUUAAUAUUAUGUAAUAUUCAUAGCAUUACAUAGUCUGUUAGGAGUGUAUUUAUUUUUUUUGUAUUUUCAUUCACAUCUAUGUGUAAAGUUGAAGGAGAUAAGAGCUCCUGUAGUUAUCUCCUAAACAGAUGUCCUCUCUGCUCGUUUCCAUUCAUUCAGCUCUAAAUGUAGGCUCUGCAGCUUUUCCAUAAAUGCAUUAAUCUUCUUAUUGCAUGCGGCUCAGUGUCGUCGCUGCUUGUGUGUGCUGAUGAAGGGACUCUCUCGUUGCUUUUUGCCUCCUAUGGACGGACCGGUUCCCCCUUAUGGACUCUCUCUAUACUGGGAGUGUGCUGGGUGUGAUGGCCAUAUGUCAGGCUGUGGAUGGGGGAGGGAAGAGUGUCGGAGCAUCUUGCUGGGAUAAGAAAAGCUUUCAGGAACAUUAUAUCGUUCUAUAUAUACAGAUAUAUACAUAUAAAUAUCACACAGUUAAGUUACAAAUCAUUCUUACCCAUGCCAAAUUUUGAUUUAUAUUGAAUUGUUCUUCAACAAAUAGGUUUGUUUUUGACUUAAAAUGACAUAAGUGAUAAACAGCCAUUUUCACAAAAAUGUACCAUGAAAUUUUAGGUAUUAUUUACAUUUGACUAGUAACUGACUAGAGAACAACUGCAUUACGAGUUCUCAGUUUGUAUGAAAGAACUCCAGAACAUGAUACACUGUAAAAAAAAAAAAAAAAAAAAAAAGAGGAACUUUGUAAAAUGUUUUUUGGAAAAAAAAAUGUAUGGGUAUUUUGCAGAUUUGUCCCUGUUUUGUUAAAUUACAGAUAAUAAUCAGUAAAAUUCCAGAAAAAAGUAUUAAUUUACAUGUUAACCCUAAAAGAAACCCUGCCAAACCUAUAAAUAACGUCCAUAUCGAAGAUCAGUAUUUUUACAGAUCUUUUGCAAUGUUUUACUGUAUUUGAAUCAGCAAGAUUAUUAUUUUACAGCUAUUUACUGUUAUUUGAAAGAAAAAUGAAUGAUAAUUUUUGAAAUGUUAUUUUACAGAUUUUCCCAUUUAAAAAAAACAAACUACAGAUUGUCUUGUGAAAUUGCAGAAAAAAGUGUUCAUUUAUAUGUUGAAUGAAAAAAAAACAUGUCCACCUCAAAAUUCUAGAGUUUUAUGAGUACAAAUAUUUGUCAGCUACAAUGUGCCACCAUAAAAUGACACAGUUUUACUGUGAUUGAAUUAUUCCAAAUAUAAUUACAUGCAUUUUUCCUCAUUUUUAUAGUAAUAUUUUUCACAUUAUUUUCUUUACAGCCUUCUAAGCAUUUCAGUAUUCUAAUGUAUCUCUCUCAUAUGUAUAUAUAUAU